GAGAGCAGGAACAGGAACAAGAAGUUGCCUGAGAAGUAGAAAGAAGAGUCGGUCUGCGCCUCAGUUCCUGUCUGUGCCAGCUCCCCUCUGGGCACCACAGUGGGGUGUAUUUCUAGCUGGCCUUUGCAGCCACGUAGGCUAGAAGCUUCAUUAAAAAACAUGAUGAUGACGUUACUAGGCUGCCAAAGUCUGUGUUGGAGGCGGCAUUCUGAACACGUAGGGCAGGCACGGAUGUACAGAAUGCACGCCCCAGUUAUGCAGGAGUGGGUAUGGCGGGCUGCAGCCCCUGGCUAAUUGCCCUGGAAUUGCAUCUCACGGCCAUUUCAUUUCAGGCCACCUGGAGAAUGGAGAAGCAGAAUCUCAGGACAGCCUACCUACUGCAGAUGCUCUUCCUGCCCCCCUUUCUGGCUAUAGAACAACUGCAAACAGGCAUCUCCAGCAGCGUGCAAUGUCGGAACAAUUACGGGUUUCAGAAUCGUAGAAUGGACUGCACAUGGCACCGGAAUCAGACCAUAGGAGAGGGACCGUUCCACCUCAGGUUUUCCGACUCCUACCAGAGGCUUGAUGACCUCAUCUGCCACCUAUCCCCCUCCAGGGAGGCAUGGGGUGAGUUCAGCUGCUCUGCGGAGGGACUGGGGAAUUUUGAGGAGAAUGACAAAUACAGCGUCUACUUGCACGACACCCCCUUGGGGAAAGACGUUAUCUACACAGUCUGGGAGAACUAUGAGCCCAUGCGGAACAUUAAAUGUGACCCACCCGUUGACCUCCAGAGCAACAUGAAUGCCCACAAGUGUCAGAUUGUGUGGAAGAAGCCAAAGGCAUACAGGGCCAUUUGGAAAGCCUUGCAGUGGCAGCUGGAAUUCAGGGCUAACUCCAUCGCCUGGGAGCGAGCAGAGAGGAGGACUGUGGUCACCAGAGAAACGUGGAUGGAAAUAGAUGGCUCAGAGUUCAAGCCGGGCAUAAGCUACGCUGCGAGAAUGCGCUGCAAAACCCCAGAUAAUAAUGAUGCUUACAUCAGCCAGUGGAGCGAGUGGAGCGCAACAACUGAGUGGAACGUCCCCCCAGGAGCCUUGCAGCCCGCGGACUCUCUGGUACUGCCAGCCGUGUUCGUCUCAGUCUCUCUCGGCCUGGGGGUCUUGCUGUUUCUGCUUCUGGUCUCCAUCUUUUACUCAAGGAUCAAGAGCCACUGCUUGGCAACUACCCCCAACCCUGUUGCUUUCUUCCUGCCCCUCUACACCUCUCACAAUGGGAAUUUCCAGGAUUGGAUUGGCACCAGAGAGAGGGAUGUGUAUCUGAAAAGCAGCAACGCCAACAGUCCCAGCAAGGAAGAUGGCCCCAGAAUGGUGACCUACAGGCCUCUGGAGGCCCUUGCCCAUAUCUCCUCUUUCAAUCACCUCUCACGGGCUGAGUUGUCAUCAGAAGAGCGAGCCUGCCACUUGCCUGGUGCUCCAGACCAGCAGGACAAGGCCAGCCAGUAUGUGGUCAUACAUGAAGCACAGAAGCUGCCAGGGGAAGCUGAUACUUUACUCCUUUCUGGAAGAGUGCCUCUCUACCUGGAAGGCCUGAAUGCCACAGGCGACGGCUUUUCUUAUUUGCCGUACAAGAACUCCCUGUUCGUGGAGCAGGAUCCCCAAGCCUCUUGCUCCCUGGGUACCAGCAACAACGAGCAAGGCUCUCAUCUUUGUGCAGCCCAUGUCGUGGGUCCUCAAAGAGAGGCCAGGCAUGGUGGAGACAGGCUCAUAACUGCUGGCAAAACUCCCUGCAUAAUCAUAUCCUGAGAUCAGUCACUGAAAGGACACCGUUGUGAAUGCUGGCUGCUUGCUGAUAGUCAAAGCAGAUUGGCUGGUAUUUCUCCCAGGGUUUGGGCUAAAAUAUGUUAGUAACGCUUGAUGGCUGCAGAAUCCGUAGAGUUUAGGGUGGGGGGCAAAGAAGCAAAACUGAGCCAACGUGUACUUUGAAUAGGUAGACAACUGUGAGUUGACUGAUGAAGCACCUCUGUGUGCUGAGGCCAUGGCUUUCUUAGCGGCCACUGCUUGCUUCCAGUAUGAGCUGCAUACAUAUAUGAAAUAAAACAAGCAUGACAAAGUAGUAG